CCCUCCGCGUGCCCUCCCCUCCCGCUGCGGGAAAAGCGGCUACGGGCGCCUCGGCUUGCUGUGGGGCGAGUCGAGCUCGGCGGGCGGACGACGAGAUGCGACCGCGGUCUGGGCCCCAGCCGCUCUGGGCCGCUGUGCUGGCGCUGGGGGCGCUGGCGGGCGUCGGCGUCGGAGGGCCCAACAUCUGUACCACACGAGGUGUGAGCUCUUGCCAGCAGUGUCUGGCUGUGAGUCCUGUGUGUGCGUGGUGCUCAGAUGAGGCCCUGCCUCUGGGCUCACCCCGCUGUAACCUGAAGGAGAAUCUGCUGGAGGAUAACUGUGCUCCUGAGACUGUUGAGUUCCCAAUCAGCGAGGUCCAAAUCUUGGAAGCCAGACCCCUCAGCAACAAGGGCUCUGGAGACAGCUCUCAAAUUACUCAAGUCACUCCCCAGAGAAUUGCUCUCCGGUUACGGCCAGAUGAUUCAAGGAAGUUCUCCAUCCAAGUGCGGCAGGUGGAAGAUUACCCUGUAGACAUCUACUACUUGAUGGACCUGUCUUACUCCAUGAAGGAUGAUCUGAGGAGCAUCCAGAGCCUGGGUACCUCGCUGGCCUCCCAGAUGCGCAAGCUUACCAGUAACCUGAGGAUUGGCUUUGGGGCCUUUGUGGAUAAGCCUGUGUCACCGUACAUGUACAUCUCCCCACCAGAAGCCCUCAAAAACCCCUGUUAUGAUAUGAAGAGCUCCUGUUUGCCCAUGUUUGGCUACAAGCAUGUGCUGACACUUACUGACCAGGUGACCCGCUUCAAUGAGGAAGUGAAGAAACAGAGUGUGUCACGGAACCGGGAUGCCCCAGAGGGUGGCUUUGAUGCCAUCAUUCAGGCUACAGUCUGUGAUGAAAAAAUUGGCUGGAGGAAUGAUGCCUCACACUUGCUGGUGUUUACCACUGAUGCUAAGACCCAUGUAGCAUUGGAUGGCAGGUUGGCAGGCAUUGUCCAGCCCAACGAUGGGCAGUGUCACCUUGGCAGUGACAAUCAUUAUUCUGCCUCUACUACCAUGGAUUAUCCCUCUCUGGGGCUGAUGACCGAGAAGCUAUCUCAGAACAACAUCAAUCUGAUUUUUGCAGUGACUGAAAAUGUAGUCAGACUCUACCAGAACUACAGUGAGCUCAUCCCAGGGACCACAGUGGGAGUUCUGUCUGCCGAUUCCAGCAAUGUCCUCCAGCUCAUUGUUGAUGCUUAUGGGAAAAUCCGUUCUAAAGUAGAGCUAGAAGUACGAGACCUCCCUGAAGAAUUGUCUCUAUCCUUCAAUGCCACCUGCCUCAACAAUGAAGUCAUCCCAGGCCUCAAGUCUUGUGUGGGACUCAAGAUUGGAGACACGGUGAGCUUCAGCAUCGAGGCCAAGGUGCGUGGCUGCCCCCAAGAGAAGGAGAAAUCCUUCACCAUCAAGCCUGUGGGCUUCAAGGACAGCCUCACCAUCCAGGUCACUUUUGAUUGCGACUGCACUUGCCAGUCCUAUGCUGAACCUUACAGCCGCCACUGCAACAAUGGCAAUGGAACCUUCGAGUGUGGGGUGUGCCGCUGUGGGCCUGGUUGGCUGGGGUCCCAGUGUGAGUGCUCUGAAGAGGACUAUCGGCCCUCUCAGCAGGAUGAGUGCAGCCCCAAGAAAGGCCAGCCCGUCUGCAGCCAGCGGGGCGAGUGCCUCUGUGGCCAGUGCCUCUGCCAUAGCAGUGACUUUGGCAAGAUCACGGGCAAGUACUGUGAGUGUGAUGACUUCUCCUGUGUCCGCUACAAGGGGGAGAUGUGCUCAGGCCAUGGCCAGUGCAGCUGUGGGGACUGCCUGUGCGACUCUGACUGGACUGGCUACUACUGCAACUGUACCACGCGCACUGACACCUGCAUGUCCAGCAAUGGGCUGCUGUGCAGCGGCCGAGGCAAGUGUGAAUGUGGCAGCUGUGUCUGCAUCCAGCCUGGAUCCUAUGGAGACACCUGUGAGAGGUGUCCCACCUGUCCAGAUGCCUGCACCUUUAAGAAGGAGUGUGUGGAGUGUAAGAAGUUUAACCGGGGAGACUUGCAUGAGAAAAACACCUGCAGCCGUUACUGCCGUGAUGAGAUCGAGCCUGUGAAAGAGCUUAAGGACUCUGGAAAAGAUGCAGUGAAUUGUACCUAUAAGAAUGAGGAUGAUUGUGUUGUCAGAUUCCAGUACUAUGAAGACUCCAGUGGAAAGUCCAUCCUGUAUGUGGUAGAAGAGCCAGAGUGUCCCAAGGGCCCUGACAUCCUGGUGGUCCUGCUGUCAGUGAUGGGAGCCAUUCUUCUCAUUGGCCUUGCUACUCUGCUCAUCUGGAAGCUCCUCAUCACCAUCCACGACCGGAAAGAGUUUGCUAAGUUUGAGGAAGAACGAGCCAGAGCAAAAUGGGACACAGCUAACAACCCACUCUAUAAAGAGGCCACAUCCACCUUCACCAAUAUCACCUACCGGGGCACUUAACGAUAAGAAGUCAUCCUCAGAUCAUUAGCAGACUGCCAGGAUGGUGGGAGUCUCUGCUGUUGUGUUUACAGAGGACAGUAUUUGGGACCUGGAGUUGAGUGGGCUGGGAGAAUGUCAGUAUGAGGAAGUGUGGGGUUCGGUGCUUGUGUGUGUAUAUGUGUGUGUAUGUUGCAUGUGAUGAAAUAUGUAAUUUAAAACUUGUGAUAUGUCCCCACAAGCAGAGAUCAGCCUGCUUUUGUCUUCAGAAUGCCUUUGUCCUCAGAAUGCCUUCUGCAGGGAUUUUUCCUGCUCAGCUUGAAGGCGACCUAUGGAGCUGAACAGGUAUUCUUCAUUACCUCAGUGAGAGACCAGCUUUCCCUGUCAAGCCAUUGUCCCUGAAGAAAAGGGACAGGGCUGAGGUCUUUAAUUCCAGAGGAAAGGGCACUAAGCCUGGGCUCCAUCCUGUGUUUGUAAGUUUAUGGUUUUUGGGUCCAUCUCUUAGCAACUAUGGUAGGAACUGCUGGAGUGUGCAGCCCAGUUGCCUCUGUUUCCUUUCCCUUCCCUCAGGCAGAAGGGUGAGUCAGGGAAGAGUUGAACCCUCAGAGCUGCCUAUGCCUUUUGCCAUUGCUUCAGUCCAGCUGUGGUUCUCUCAUAAAAUGAGUCCUUAACACCUAAUUCCUUGACCUGUUGAGAGUGAGUGUGGCAGGGACACUCAGGGGUCACACAUGGCCUGGGGGAUGUGUUAGCAUCCUCUAGUUCAUACUCACUACUCUCAGAUUUGCCUCAUUUGGCAGCUCUCCCCUGGAGGUUUCCUUAGAUGUGUCAACCUUAGACUAGUACCAUCUUUUUACCUCCUACUUCCACACCCUCACUGUUGCAGACAUUUGCUAUGUAUGGGGAUUCCUAUCAUGGCCAAAUGCUAUUCCUCCAAGGGAGAGUGCUAUGGUCAGAGCCAAAGGCCUGACUCUCCCCUAUAGAUCAUCUACCCCUUGUCCCAGGCACCUCUACCACCCAACCCUGGGCCCCCGUGUGCCAUAUCCUUCCACGAGAGUGGUUGCAUUUACCUACCUCUUGGGUGUUUUGUGAAGAAGUCAUCCUUGUGAGUUUGCUGAGCAUAAAGGCCAGGAUGGAACUGGGCCAAUUGUAUCAGCAUGUGUGGUUUGUUCUUCUAUGGACUGGACAACCUCAUUUUAAGGAGUCUUUAAUCCGAGAGGUCAAAAGUGCAAUUUUACUUUAUUUUUCUCACUGGGGUACCUGAAACCAUGAUGAGGUUUGUUUGAUCUUUAAAGGAAUAUGUAUAUAAACAUACUUGUAUUAGAUUUGUAAUUUUAUUUGAUGACAGUGAAAGAGAGCCUGAAAAACCACAGACUUGGAUGGGAUGCAGACACUCCCACUGGGCAUUAUUAGUAGCAAGUUGCUGCCCAGUUGCUGGGUCUGUAAGGGGCUUUUUUGUCCUGGAAGUCUGUGGGAAUGCACAUAUGGACAUUCUGGACUUUCUUGAGGAGGACAGACUAUUUUUUUGUCCCAGCAAAAGCAGUUGCUCCAUUGGUACUGACUUUAGCUAACAUUAAAAACCAAGCCUCACCACCAAGGAAAAGGGAAAGACCUAUAAACGGUGGUCUGCUGAUUGGAAAAUCUGAGUUUUGGCCUCAGUGUUGCAGCUUAAGGAAUCUUUACUGUUAAUUAGAAAAAGUUACUCACUUUUCUUCAGGUCUCAAUUUUCUAGUUUGAAAAAUGAUGGAUUUGGACCAUCCAGUUUUGAAUCUUGGACAGCUCUUUCAGUAUCAACAUUCUAAGAUGCUGGCAUUCACUGUAGCAUCAUGCAGUCAAAAUCCAGCGAUGGGUGGAGCUGGGGUGUAGUUCAGCGGUAGAGUGCAUCCAAGCAUGAGGUCCUAGUAUUGACUCCCAGCUCUGACAAGAAAAGAAGAUUCUGUGGGAUGUUACUAGUGUUUGUUUUUAGUUGCGAGGUCUGAGAGACUUGGCUUUGGCAACAGCAGAUGUCAUUCCCUAUUAUCUUUCUCAAAGUAGUUCACAUCCUAUUCUCUUUCAGAACCCCUUCUCCAACAUUUGUUAGCAGCUAUAUCUCCUGAUGUUGCCCUUAUUUACAUUUUUUAGUUCACUUUGCAGAUAUUUGCAUCCCCAUUUUAUGAAAAAUCAAUAAUAACUGACACAAAUGACUAAACCCUGUCUUUCCCAUGGGUUACCCUUACUGUAGGAGUUAGGAAUAAGAUAGAGGGAUAAAUAGGGGAGGGGAAAGGAUGAUCAAAAACCCAGGAAAUUUAGAAAUCAGACUAUAACCUUUGGGUACUGAUACAGAGUCCAUGAUAGUAGUAGUAGUUGGGCAUUUUCUUUAGAUAAGAUGAUUUAUGGGGCCAGUGAUUUAGCUCAGUGUCACUGCAUCUGCCUCACAAGUGCAAGCUCCUGAGUUUGAUCCCUGGUACCAAAAAAAAAAAAAAAAGAUGGUUUAUGUGAAGAAACUGUAUCAAAGGAGAAACAAAACUUAUUCCAAAGAUGAAAAAAAAUCAGCAGAAAUCUUGUCUGAGCAUCUGGGAUGAGAUGGGCCUUGAAGACCAGCACUAUUUGUUAGUAUGUGGGGAUAGCUGUUACCUGUGUUCACCAGACAGUGAAUAGCAGUCAUUUUUGGCAUCGUGUAGGAUGAAUAUCUGAAUAGUAUUCUGGCAUCUGACAACACAGAGGAAAGGAUUGUGCCCUGCCCUUUUGCCUUUUGUCCAGUCUCAGGGUCUGUGAACAAUAAUGGGAAACUGAACAUUAUUGACAAGUUGCUGUAGUAGGAAUCAGUUCUUUACCUCUCAAAUAUUCCUAGACUAUUUAUGAUGUCAAGAUACUUCUUUUUGUUAAGUAUUCCUGGUUAACAUUAUAUAAGUGCCUUCCUGACUUCUUCACCACCUCCUCUGAGUUGUGCAACAGUGAAUUAAAUAUGCUUUCCAAAAAGAA